AUGUUUCAGCCAAAGAAACGUGCUCGCCCAUGUCCCAUGCUUGACGAUAAUGGGAUAAGAGAGGAAAUGCGACUACUGUAUCAAUUGCUAGGCUGGACGCCCAAAGAAAUUGCGGCAGAGAUUAAUAAGAACCACAAGUUGACAGUAACGGGGCCCCAAGUUCGCGACAAGCUGAACAAACUAGGAUACAAAAAGCGGUUCUGUCCCAAACAGACUAAGGCGAUAUUCCGAGAGAUGGUCAGACGCAAGAAUAUGGGUAAAGAAUCAGAGGUCCUCAUUGGCGGAAUUAUAACUCUUUCUGGGAAGAAACUCCAAAGAUCAAUAAGACGGAACCUCACUCUCACUGAGCAAAAUCAUAUAUCAAAGGGGAUUCAAGUUGAAUUAGCAAACGAAUUGUCCGAAUAUCUUCAAGUUUGCACUCCACAAGCGCAUGAUAUGGAUUUGGUCCUUCUAAGACCCCAAACCAUUCGACAUAUUCCACUCCUCAUUUUACAUAAUUUACCAAUAUGGCAAUUCGUCUCUCAGCUUAUCGAAAAGCCAACUCUUCGGUCCUCCAAGAAUGCACACGAUCAUAACAAUCUCAAAGUCACAGCUCAUGGGUCAAUUCCGCAUUCCCCGCUUCUUCGCCUAAUUAUCUAUAAAAUCUCCAACAAUUUGACAAAUGAUUUGGAUUGGAAUGGUGAGAUAAUGAAAUAUUUGGACGGGAUUAAUGAGUUUGGGUUGCGAGAAGCAUUCAAACGAUUACUAUCGAACACAAGCCUCUCGAUCGCCGCGGCUUCGGAGAUAAUAGCACCCUGGCUCUAUGUGAGGCAAGAUCUUGAACUGCUAGAGUUUAUCCUGAGAAUUCAUAACGGAAUAAAAUUGCGACCGUUCAGAAUCCUCGGUAUGUUUGGGUACCGGAGACGGUUUCUCACUCUCAACACUAAUUGGAUAGAAAUGGCCCUCAAGGAUAUCGAAACAACAAAGGAUUUGCCAGGAUCGCAUGAGGAUCUAGGUUUACUAUUACUCGCAUGCAAACGCGCCCGGGGGGAUAUAUCGUUAUUUCAACGUCUUUGGAAUCGAAAAGCGUUUCCCGAAUUCAUCACAUGGCCAGGAUUUAGCAUGGGAGACUGCCUCCACGAAAGCACCCCACUGUUGGCAGAGGACGAAAGUAUAUUAAGACUGUUACUUAGCCUGGGGUUUACCAGGUUUAAGUGGGCAUUGGCGCUCAGAGCAGUGUUGCUCGACAACUACAGCAUCACCAAGGUGUUCUUGGAGCAUGAUGGCCUAAUACCGAGCGACAGAAGUAGUCUGCCAGGGCCUGGGGACUCAUGCGGUCACAGCCAUGUCUGGGAGAUGUUAGGGAUCCCUAUGUUUUACGGAAUAGUGGCCCAGUUCGUGACUACUGAGAUUAUACCUCGUUAUGCCACUUCGGCGUUCACAACUCUCAGUCCAGCUGACUUUAAGCUGGCGCUUGAGUACAACAUAAAUAGAGUGCUUGUUUUGGCGGCCUGCCUCAACCCGGAAAUAACGGAAUAUGUUAUUCAGGUGAUGGGAUGGGCCAAUGCUGCGCUCACCGAGUCCGAGGUCGUGAAGCUCGCGAUCGAACUGCUCCCGUGUUGCCGGGAUGAGCCGAGAAAACACAAUUAUUGGGUGUAUUAUAACGUCAAUAGAAUCCUCAAUCUCCGCAGCAACUUUCGCCCGCUUGUGGUUUUUCGGAAACUUUUCCGGGCCGACAUAGAUCUAACACAGACAGAGUUGUGGCAACACCUUAUCUGGAAAUCCUUAUAUCGGCGCUAUUUCUCCGGCGACAAGGAACCAUCAGCUGGUGGUUCUUUAGAAUACUUGAGAAUAUUUCUCCAGUGGCCAGGUGCCGUCGAUUGCGAGCUUGAUUUGUACCCACUGCUGGGGAACGGAUACUCAAAGGCUCACGGCUUUUGCAACAUAAGUAACCCCAUAAAACCUAUAGUCGCAGUAUUUCUUUUUAGAGAGCCGGCGCCAUUUUUGCUGCUAUUGGAGUCAGGUGCAUCCAUAGUUGAUAUCCCUGCAAAAAAGGACGCCCAAUCGAAUUUAAUCAUCAGCAAGGAGUUCAUAGAGGCAUGUCAAAACCAGGAUUUACGACGAGUUUGUGAUCUUUGGGAUUAUCGAAUUGAAGCUGCAGAUAAAUUUAGAGUCGGCUUUUCUGGAGGGGAUCAAGCUGCAGCCUAUCUACACAGAUGGGAGCCAGAGGCCGUUAAUAGCUUACUGCCGCACUUAAAAGAUCCUCUUUCGCGUUUUGAAGUGUUUAAAGUCGUUGUAGAAAGAGUUAUGCGGCUAGAAUCGAGCUCUGGACACGCCAUGUUAGUUUAUCGUGGUAUAAUUCGAUCCCUUAUUGGUUCAGGCAUACUACCAGACAUAAAAGACUCUGAUGAUAGGGGCCACGGGGAAUCGUUUAGCAAUUUUAACUCGGAAUACCUUGCUACACUACUUAAGGCAAUCAUAGGUGGUGAUUUUGAGUUUGCUGAAAUACUCUUUGAGAUUUCAGAUCAUUUAAAUCUAUAUGUACAGGAAAACGGAGACGAAGCUCUCUUUGGUGUGGUGGAUGGAAUUUAUGAUUGCAGAAAAUACUUUGUGUUUGUGUUUUAUGCGGCUGUCAAUGGUAUCAGUGCCCUCAAAUUCCUGAUGAGACAGGGCUUUGAUAUCAGCGUACCUGCCGAAGACCCCCAAAUUUCGGACCGAGGUAAUUUUACAGCUCUACACGGCGCAUUGUUUUCUGGAAAUAUGGACACACUCGUCUUUGUUCUUCAAAGUGGUGCUGAUAUAUAUGCACCUUGCGGUGAUUGCGAGUCAGCUAUCGAGUCUGCCGUCUGCGAAGGCCGCAUAGAUGCGGUAGCCUUGAUACUUGCGGUGGAUCCAAACUGCCACUAUCUCGCAUUAAAAGCUGCGGAGAAGACAGAAUAUGAAUAUAUUGCAGAGUAUGUUCGGAAUUGGACGCCUGAGUCGAGCAGUGUCUUUCAAAAUCAGGGCGGCUCUAUAGAGAACAUAUCGGAGCGUCCUUCGGUCGCCUUCCCGGUCGAGUUACUCUAA